UGCAAGAAGCAUACAAAUAAUUAAAGGACCUAGUAAAAUAUAUACGCUAUCAAACCAUUGAACUUUUAUAGUUAGGUAAAAAAAAAACAUGGUUUUUUUAUUAGACCGCAUGAUGAACCUAGCAAAUCAAAUUAAACCUUAAAUAUAUAUGGUGCUGAAUAAAGCUAAACAUUGUACAUGAUUAAGCGUUUUGUUUCUCUCACUAUAUAUGGCUAUCGCUAACCAAUCUUUAUUACAGGCACGAAUCAAUAGUUGUCGAAGAAAUUAGUAGAAGGAUACUUUGUGGAUUGAGUCAUAACUUGUCAAAUGUUUCCAAGAAUUUUGUUGGAAUAGAAUCCCGUGUUGAGGAAAUGAUGACCUUACUUAGUAAAGGAUUGGAUGAUGUUAGAUUUUUAGGAAUUUGUGGGAUGGGUGGAAUUGGCAAGACAACUCUAUCAAAAGCCAUUUAUGAUACAAUUUCUCAUCAAUUUGAAGCUAGUUGCUUUAUGACUGGUAUUAGAGAAGGAACCAAAAGUAAUCAUGGUCUAGUUGAUUUUAAAAAACAACUUACUUUUGAUAUCCUAGCAGAAAGGGAAAUGAAUAUAUGGAAUGACCAUAGGGUAAGCAGAGUGAUAGAGACCAGACUACGUAAUAAAAAGGUUUUGAUUGUUCUUGAUGAUGUGGAUGAAGAAGACCAUCUAGAAGCACUAGCAGGGAGCCAUGGUUGGUUUGGUGAAGGGAGUAGAAUCAUUAUAACAAGCAGAGAUCGCCAUUUGCUUAAUAGAUAUGUGGAUGAUACCUAUGAGGUUGAGGUGCUGAAUGUUGCUGAAGCUUUACAGCUCUUUAGUUGGAAAGCCUUCAAGAAACCCUAUCCCAAAGAAAAUUAUGUGCAAUUGUCUAAGGAUGUUGUAAGCUACGCUCAAGGCCUUCCUUUAGCUCUUGAAGUUUUUGGUUCCUUCUUAUAUGAUAGAAGAAUGGAUUUUUGGAUAAGUGCCAGGAAUAGACUAAAAGAAAAGCCAAAUGAAAAAAUCUUGGAUAAACUUAAAAUAAGUUUUGAUGGAUUGGAGGAUUUGGAGAAAAAAUUGUUUUUAGAUAUUGCAUGUUUCUUCAAUGGAAAACAUAGAGAUAGCAUCAGACAUAUACUAGAGAGUAUUGGUUACUAUCCGGACAACGAUAUCGAUGUUCUUGUGGACAAAUCUCUUUUAACAAUCUCACAGAGAAGAUUAUGGAUGCAUGAUUUGUUACGAAAAAUGGGUCAAAAAAUUGUGGAUGAUGAAUCUAAGGAGCCUGGUGGACGCAGUAGAUUGUGGCAUUGCAAGGAAGUCCUUCACGUAUUGAAAAACAAUACGGGAACUGAUGCGGUCAAAGGCAUUGUCCUAGAAUUACCUUUAAAGGAACAGGAGCAACUAAAUAUUGAAGCCUUCUCAAAGAUGAAAAAAUUGAAAAUUCUUGAGAUUAGAAGCCAUCAUUAUAGAGAAGGCCUUUCUUAUGCUCUUGGCACUCUGGAAUGGUAUGGAGAUCCUUCAAAUUUCAUGUUAAGCAAUGAGUUAGUUGUUAUGAGUAUGUGGAAAUAUCCUUUUGAAUCCUUGCCGAUCAAUUUCCAACCAGACAAUCUUGUUGAGCUCAUUAUGCCUCACAGUUGCAUCAAAAAACUGUGGGAUGGAAGGAAGAGUUUUGACAAAUUGAAACGCAUUAGGUUGAGUUACUCUCAAAACUUGAUCGAGACACCAGACUUAAGCCAAAUCCCAAAUCUUGAGAUACUAGACCUUAAACAUUGUACCAGUUUGUCUAAGGUCCACACAUCCAUUGGAUUUCUAAGACAGCUUAAACGGUUGGAUCUACGAGAUUGCAAAAGUCUUGAGAGACUUGCAGACGAGAUCAUAUUGGAAUCUCUUAAAUAUCUCAACCUUUCUGGUUGUUCAAGACUCAACAAGUUUCCUGAUUUUGUGGAUAAUAUGACAUCUUUGCAAUAUCUUCAUUUGGAUGGGACUGCCAUAAAAGAGUUACCAUUAUCAUUUAAGAGUUUGACGUCUCUUGUAAGUCUCAAUAUAUCACAUUGCUCAAGACUAGAGAAAAUCCCAAAGAAUCUAAUCAAUGGUAUGGAAUGUUUAGAGGAAUUUUGUGUAGCUGGAAGUGGCUCAGAUCUCAUUAGUCUUUUGAUGCCUAGUUCAUUCUCAGCUUUAAGCUCUUUAAUAUGGCUAGAUUUUAGUAAUUGCAAUCUAUUAGAUGGAGCGAUCCCCAAAGAUCUUUGCUGCUUAUCCUCACUUAUUGAAUUAGAUUUGUGUGGAAACAAAUUUACGAAGAUACCAGACAUCUGGCAGCUUUCUAAUCUUGUAACGCUAGAUCUGAGUCACUGCAACAUGUUGGAUGGAGCGAUCCCCAAUGAUCUUAACUACUUAUCCUCACUUGCGGGAACAAAUUUACGGGAAUACCAGAUAGUGUGGCUCAACUUUCUCAUCUUCAGGAACUUUACUUGGAAGAUUGUAGUUGGCUUCAAGUAUUGCCUAAGCUUCCAUUCAGAUUAA